UCUCUCUCUGUGUUUCUCUGCCUCACCAGAAUAGAGGAUCAGAGAGGCAGCCAGCUAGAGUACGGGAGAGAGAGAAAAGGAGAGCGUGUUUUCUGCGCUCCUCAGAAUAAUUAAACACACGCAGAGGCGCACAGUCCUGCAGUAGCUACUGCCACGCUUGGUCACACAUUUAAACUCUACGCUAGCAGCCACUCAAACACAACCAUUAAUCAUACACACACACACACACACACUGAUUGUUCAGGUUCUGACCAGCACCCAUCAGUACCGGUGAAACAUGCCAUCUCGCAGCAUGGAGUGUGACGCGUCCACGCUAAUAGCCUGCAUGGUGGACGUGGAGGUCUUCACCAACCAGGAGGUCAAGGAGAUGUUCGAGACCCUGUUCCUGGUGUAUGACCACAACGCCACCUUCCAGCUGUUCAAGAGUUUCCGGCGUGUGCGCAUCAACUUCAGCAGCCCCAAAGCGGCAGCCAGCGCCAGGAUAGAGCUGCAUGAAACGCCCUUCAGGGGCAAGAAGCUCAAGCUCUACUUCGCCCAGGUCCAAAACCCUGUCUCCGAUGGUGACAACCUGCAUCUGGCUCCGCCCCAGCCCUCCAAGCAGUUCCUCAUCUCUCCACCCGGAUCCCCUCCCAUUGGCUGGGAACAGAUCGACGAGGCCACGCCCGUCAUCAACUACGACCUCCUGUACGCCGUCGCCAAACUGGGCCCAGGGCCUCUCAGCUGGCUGUCAGAGUCACCUAUUUAUACCUCCAAGAGCCAAGCAUCGCCUAGACAGAGCUGUUCCUCAGGACUUUACCGAGAGAAGUUUGAGUUGCACGCCGGCACAGAGUCCACCCCCAGCGUGGUCGUUCACGUGUGCGACAGCGACGCAGAGGAAGAGGAGGAACCAAAGAUCUGCGCCAAACCAAAAAUCAUCCAGACCCGGCGCCCCGACCUGCCUGUGUCCCACUGAACUCCCUCCCCCUCCCCCCGCCCGCUCCCCACUCCCCACUCCCU